AUGAGCGUGUUACCUGAUGAUGUCAAUGCUGUGUUGGCUCAUCUUCUUGAAAAUUUAUUGUCAACAGAUUCCAACUCACGAGUAAAUGCAGAGAAAUCCCUUGAAAUAGAGUGGUCAACCAAGCAAAAUGUCGAGCUUUUGUUAGUGUUCUUGGCAGAACAAGCAACCUCGGGAGCCAAUGAUACUAUAAAGGCAUUUUCAGCUGUCAUGUUUAGAAGGAUGGCUAUUAAAUCACCAAAGGAGUUGUCAAGUGUCACUGAUAGAACCAUAGGAGUUAUUGGAGAACCAGCUAAGCAACAAAUUAGAACAAUUUUGUUGCAUGGGUUUUCAGCUCCACAAUCUAAUCAAGUUAGACACAAAUUGUCUGAUGCUAUUUCUGAGGUGUCAAAAGAUGACUGUUCGCCUCCAGGUACUUGGAAUGAGCUAGUUCCUGCAUUGUUCCAAGCAUCUAAAAACCCAGAUCCCAGUUUCCGUGAAUCAGCAUUCAGAGUGUUUUCUGCAUCGCCUGAGUUGAUUGAUCAAUCAUUUAUAAAUGAAAUUUUGCCAAUUUAUACUUCUGGAUUUGAUGAUGAGAACGACGAGGUGCGUAUUGCCGCUUGUUCAGCGUUUGUUGCCUUUUUUAGAGAGUUGCCAAAAAAUGUGUGGCCCAGCUUAUCCCCUUUGUUGCCAAACUUGCUCAACUCAUUACCACGGUUUUUGCAAAAUGGACAAGAUGAAGCAUUGGCAUCGGUUCUAGAAAAAUUGAUUGAUUUGGUGGAACUUGCUCCUAAGAUGUUUAAGGAUAUGUUUCCUACGAUAAUAGACUUUUGUGCAAUGGUAUCCAAAAAUAAGGACUUGGAAUCCUCCACCAGAAUGGCAUCAUUGGAGCUUCUCACCACUUUUGCUGAAGUUUCACCAGCAAUGUGUAAGCGCACUCCAACAUACACUGAACAAAUUGUGCUCAUUACCUUGUCUAUGUUGACUGAAGUUUGUAUUGAUGAUGAUGAAGCAGCUGAAUGGAAUAAUAACGAUGAUACCGAGGAAGACGAUGAAGAACCGGAAUAUGAUGCAGCUAGACAGUCGUUAGACAGAGUCAGCUUAAGGCUCAAUGGGCAAUCAAUGGCUGGACCUUUAUUCCAGUAUUUGCCUGCUAUGACACAAUCUCAAAACUGGAGGGAGCGUCAAGCGGCUUUAAUGGCAUUGUCAUCAGCUGCUGAAGGAUGUUCAGAUGUGUUGAUGAAUGAAAUUCCAAAAAUUUUGGACAUGGUCUUGCCUACUUUGAAUGAUGAGCAUCCAAGAGUACAAUACGCUUGUUGUAAUGCAUUGGGCCAAAUGUCAACUGAUUUCUCAGAUCUAAUUCAAAGAACAUCAGGAAACAGGAUAUUACCUGCUCUUAUUUCCAAAUUGACAAAUAAAUCUGUUCCACGCGUGCAAGCCCACGCGGCUGCCGCUUUGGUCAACUUUUCUGAAGCGGCUACCAAAGACAUUUUAGAACCGUAUUUGGAUGACUUGUUGAACAAUUUGUUAAUUUUAUUGCAAUCACCAAAGAGGUAUGUUCAGGAACAAGUGUUGACUACAAUUGCUAUCAUUGCUGAUGCUGCUGAAAAGACAUUUGUCAAAUACUACGAUACCUUAAUGCCAUUAUUAGUAAGUGUGUUGAAAACCGAUAUGGGGGAUGAAAAUAGAUUACUCAAAGCCAAGUGUAUUGAAUGUUCUACCUUGAUUGCAUUAGCUGUUGGAAAAGAAAAAUUUGAACCACAAAGCCAUGACUUGAUACAAUUGUUUGGCCAUAUUCAACAAACAGCGACUGCUGAUGAUGAUCCAGUUAAGCAAUACUUGGAACAAGCUUGGGGUAGGAUUUGCCGCAUCUUGGGUAAAGACUUUUUACCAUAUUUGCCAUCAGUAUUGCCUCCUUUGAUGGUAACUGCAAAGGCUUCUCAGGAUAUCUCAUUGUUGGAAGAGGAUGAAGCAGAGGAGUACAAUAACAACGAGGAAUGGGAUGUCAUUAAUCUAUCAGGGAAAUGGAUUGCAGUCCAUACUGCUGCUUUGGAUGACAAAGUCACCGCAAUGGAUUUGUUGAGAACAUAUGCCAUCCAGCUCAAGGAGGAUUUCUACCCAUGGGUGAAGGAGAUUGCUGAAGAUAUUGCAUUACCAGGAUUAGACUUUUACUUGCAUGAUGGAGUACGUGGCUCAGCAGCGUUGACCUUGGCAUCCUUGUUGAAAUGUACAGUAGCAGCAACAGGAAAAGAUUCUCAAGAUACGUUACUUCUUUGGUCUAAAAUUGCUGACAAGUUGGCCGAAGUUUUGAGCUCAGAACCGGUGGCAGAGUUGUUGGUUGCGUACUAUACUGCUUUGGUUGAAUCCAUCAAUACCUUAUCACCAAACUCCAUCUCUCCACCUCAAUUGCAAGCAUUUGCCAAGUCAAUUAAUGCUAACAUGGUUGAAAUUUAUGAAAGAAUAAAAGCUCGUGAUAAUGAAGACGAUGAAUAUACUGAAGAUGUCGAGGAAGAUGAAGAGGAGUACACUGAUGAAGAAUUGUUGGAUGAGAUAAACAAAGUUUUUUCAGCAAUUUUCAAAAAUGUGAAAGCAAACGCCUUGGAAAAUUUUCAAGUACUCAUCCCAACUGUGGCCACAUUUAUCAAUGAAGAAAAUACAAGCUUGAAACUUUGUGGGUUAUGCAUUGUAUGUGAUAUCUUGGAGCACGGUGGACCACAAUCUAUUGUUUUCAAGGAGUCUUUCCUCAACGUUUUGGCCCACUCACUUUCCUCACCACAUGCAGGUGUACGUCAAGCCAGUUCAUAUGCAGUUGGAGUUGCUGCUCAAUUUGGUGGUGAAGAUUAUGGAGAAUUUUGUGUGCACUGUUUGCAGCCUAUGUUUAAGAUGGCCUCGGUACCAGAUGCCAAAGCCGAUGAGAAUAUCCAUGCUACCGAAAAUGCCGUGUCGGCAAUCGCUAAAGUAUUGCAUACAUUUUCCUCAUCAGUUCCUAACCUAGACGUAUUGUUGGACCAAUGGGUUCACCUUUUGCCUAUCGUACAGGAUGAUAACGCAGCUGCCUUUGCUUAUGUAUUCCUUAGUGGGUUAAUUGAUAACAAUCAUCCCGCUGUUGCAAAGAACAUUCCAAAAGUAGUGGACUCGGUGAUACAAGCAUUGGCCCACGCUUCAAUAGGUGGAAACACCGCCAAUAAAGCUGUCGCUUCAACCAGAAACUUGUUGAGCUCAAUCCCUCAUGACAAGGCCAUUGCGCUACUUCAAGAGAAUCUGUCGAAUAUAGAUGUUGUCAAAAAGUACUUCAGUUAA